CGUAUCCUGUUGUAUAAAACCUGCCGUUCAUUAUUCCUCAGUGUUAUAUCUAUUACGUUUGUCUAAGACAAUGGUACCGAGUAUUCUCGCCUUGGUGGCCUUGGCUUGUGCUUCUUCUGCCCAAGUUUCUACGAGUGACUGGCAAAGGACCAUCAUAUUUAUCCACAAAGAGACGUCACCCUCACAGUAUGUCUUUCUUCGAGGAGGUCUAGAUCACAGUAGACGAGCGGACUGUGUCCGCAACGCCACUGUUGACCCAUGCAGCAUCCCCAUUCGGCACAUCUGGACAACCCGUGGUCACUACUUAGGGUAUAAAUACAAAACCUGGUGCCAGGGGGACAACUACCUGGACUGGUACGGUCCAGAGCAGGGCCAGGGCUUCGUGAGGUCAACCACCCUGUAUACCCCGGCCCAAGGAACACCCAUGAUGUGGACGACUAAUGGACGGUACUCGCGAGCGGAGUGGUGCCCCCAGGGUGAUUUUAAUUGCAGAUAUCCCUUCAAGUAUGACGACUUUCGCGCUGAGAACGACGGUUUCGGUUACACCCCGCGGAACAAGUGGGGAUAUCACUACUGGAUGCUGGACGUGCUCAUGGACUGUUCCAGAACUUGGAGCGGCUGGUUUGAUGUGAAGGCUUACCUAACCCCUGAACAAGAAUGGGAGCCGGAUAUUUGGCAAAAGGGCUCUUGCAGGUCACGCACCUAUCUGCCCCCUCCAAGCUCACGGAACCACAUGGCCAGGUGCGGCAUGACUAACGUGUUCGAGUGGGGGCAAACCCUUCCUUGUGAGAUCUACCCUAACGACCCUGACCCUGCUUUGCCCAGCACGGUCACCAGUAGUCCACGGACGACCAGACAGGGGUACAUGUCCAGUGGGAAAUAGACAGAGGAAGUUGUUCGGAAAUCGACAGUUGAAUAGUGUUAUAAACGGACUAAGAAACGAAAAAAUUGAAAUGAAGUAUGAAUUGGGAAAAGUCAAUUUAAAAUUAGAAAUUAAUAAAAGAUUCUGAUACAUUUUUGUUCAUUAUGCUCAUUUGUUUGUAAGAGUGCUAGUCAUGUUAGGGCCUCUUUGAGAGUACUGUUUUUCCUUUGAAUAUUGUAAUGGUCGACUUACCGGUAAAUGUACAUCUACAUGCCAUACAAGGUCUCAGCCACAGCAAUCAAAGCUACGCUUUCACAAAAUGAAUGCAUAAAUGAAUAAAUCCAGCUCUUC